CAUUGGUCGAAACCCUGUCCCUUUUGGCAGGGUCGAGUUACUGCCAGAAUUAAUGGCAAUCAUGAGCUAGAGAGCCUGGCCCUGAUUGCCUAAUGCUGCAUCCAGUGCUGCCAGAGGAGCCGUAGACGACGUACUAUCGUUGAUACUGGCAAUUUUGCCAAAGUUUUCCGGUAUCUCCGAUAGGUAACUACAGGUUGACACGAAAUGGUCAGCAUUCAGGAUAAAUUCUGCUUUGCCAUAGAUCGUGGUGGUACGUUUACUGACGUAUUUGCUGCUUGCCCUAAUGGAAAAAUAAGGGUAUUAAAACUCCUCUCGGUGGACCCAAGUAACUAUGCUGAUGCGCCGACUGAAGGUAUUCGGCGUAUUCUAGAACAGGAAACUGGAGAAAAUCUGCCUCGUUCUUCACCUAUUGCAACUAACAAAAUAGGUUGGAUACGUAUGGGAACUACUGUAGCCACAAAUGCUCUCUUAGAGCGUAAAGGAGAAAGAAUUGCUUUGGCCAUAACUAAAGGUUUCAGAGAUCUGCUGCACAUUGGUAAUCAGGCAAGACCAAACAUAUUUGAUUUGGAAAUUAGGUGUCCUGAUGUACUGUAUGAAGAUGUGGUGGAGGUACAUGAAAAAGUAAUUCCAAGACAAGAUGUCUCCUCCAGUGAAGCAUUGAAUAAUCACUGGCAUAUUGAUACAGGCACAACUGGGGAAGAAGUAUUGAUUACUCAGCCUCUAAAUGAAGAGCAGCUUCGUGUAGAUUUACAGAGAGUUUUGAGAAAGGGUAUAACGUCUAUAGCUGUGGUUUUGAUGCAUUCCUAUAUGUGAGUAUUUUCUGUUUGAAAAUCAUGUUACAGACGACUGUCCCAGACUUGAGACUUUUAAGUACUCACCUUAUGCCCUUCAACAUUUAUAACAACUGAAAGUUAUGAGAUUAAUAUUGUAAAUUGAAUAUAAAAGGUAAUGCAUUAAUAAAAAGGAACUUGUGCAUUUAAAAGCAAAUGAAUAUUUGAAAUCCAAUUUUAUAUAUGUAAUAUGAUGGGUAAUUACCGAUGGUCAUAACCUAACCUUUUCAGACAUCGGGGAUUAUGUGCAUAUAGUACAUGAUAGUAGUGCUCCUAUAAGAAUGCUUCCUGGGAUGGCCUCUUUAAGGAGAUUGCUUGGGAAUCUGUUUUAUUUAUCGUUUGUAAUUUUAAUAGAAAGGUGAUCAAAAUUCUGGAGGAUGACUAUGAAAGUUUGGAAUCUUGCAUAUAAAUUUUCCAGUUAAUAAAAUUAAAAAUGGUUGUGCAGAAUUCAUGGAGAGUAGUAUAGUCUCAAGAUCUGGAAAAAAGACUGAAGUCUCAGAGAUUGAGAUGGUUUCAACAUGUGAUGAAAAGGGAUGAGGAAUAAUUGGUAAAAAAAUCAGUAAAGGUGGAAGUUGAAGGAUAAAGACUCAUUUGAGCCAGCCUUCUUAAUAUUGGAUAUUGGUCUAGAUGGUCAUUUUGCUACACCAAAAACAAUUUUAUGAGCGGGUUUUCCUUCAACAUCCAUGUCUUUCGUCAAUAAAACAGAUACAAUGGCUAUAACUGAUGCACAUUCUGGUAAGAAAAUAUACCAGAUAAAAUAUUUGAGAUUAGCUUCCACCAAGCAUGAAGUGAAGUGUUACAAUGCACAAACCUGAAAUUUGACUUACGCUGUUCUGUCUAGAAUGGUAUACAGUGCAUACUAGUAUUAUCUGAGACGAGUCUUCACAAGAUUUCUUCCAUGUUAGCAUUCUUCAGUGUCAGAAACAUCACCUGUUGAUUCAACUUCCAGUGCAGAUUGACCUUCUACAAUGUUUUUGGAUAAAGUCAGUAUAGUACUUUGAAUAAUUAUAGCUGUUGAUAUCCCAAGUGCUCUUGUAAUAAUAGCAAUUUACAAAGAAGGCAGAAGGCAUGUGUUGAGUUGUGUCCUUCUGUUAUCUUCAGGAGCGUAUCUUAUUCACUUGGAUUAUGUGUCCCCAUAUUAUUUAUAACAAGUAUGGUAGUUUAUAUUUUUUAGCUAUGGCUUCUUUGCCAGUUGAGAAAAUGUAAAGUAAAGAGGGGAUGUACUUUGAUUAUUGGCUUCCUUGUCUUCUAUAUACAUUUCUUCCAGUAGGUAAUGAUAGAAUGAUUCAGUUUUCCAUAUCUCAGUCAGUUUUUUGUCACCAAUUUGUUUAUACUGCCAUCAAGACACCAUAAAAAAGAUUUUGACUGUAUUUCUUUGAAUUUGGUAUACUACUGUAGUUCUGUCUUAGUUUUGUCUAGAGUCUUCAUCAUAUGGUAAGACAAUAUCUGAAGCUAGAUUAUUUUUUCAUAAAAUGAUCACUCAGGGAACUAUUUUUCUUUGACCAACCAAGUGUGAUGUAACAAGAAAUGCUUGACAUCUUAUGAUAAAGUGUGUGAUUCUGAUAAUUUCCUAUUAAUGUUUUGAAAGCAUAUAUUAAGCACUGAAAUAAGAGAGGAGUAGAUAGGAACAAGGAAUAUUGUGUUAAGUCUUGGCUUAGUUGAGGAGUAUUCCUGAUGGAACUCUGGAACAGCCCUACAUACUUGUAUCUAUUCACAAUCCACCUGCCCCUCUUCCUAUAUCCCCUGAUCUUUGUCUCUAGGCUCAACUUUCUUCUCUAUGGUUCUAGCUAAAAUGUAGCAAAACAUUCAGUUCCAUAGAAUAAUUAAUAAAAUUUCAAAUUGAGGAUAAAGCAACUAGGCCAGGAAUGGCAGCUGUUUUGUGGUUGUUCCUACAUGAUAUACAAACCAUUGGUCCUUUACAUAAGGAAUUACUUUCAGCGCAGCUGGAAACGGCCGUAAAACUUACAAACAAGGUGGUUAGGCAGUUAACUACUGCCCAGUUGGUAGGGGUCCCACCUGCCCGGGUGGAAACAUUCCAUACACUUUUGGCUGUUGUGCUAUGGAGAUGUGUGUACAGGCAGUACCCUGGUUUACAACGGGGAUCCCGUUCUUGGGAAGCGCCGUAAGCCGGAAAAUCGUCAAAAAUCCUAAAAAAACCUUACUUUUAAUGCUUUGAGUGGAUAAUGAAAACUAUGUAAACAGCAUUUUUAUUGUAUUUUUCAUAAAAAAAGAAAAACUACUAUUGAUUACCAUAUAUACUCUAGUAAGUUUUGAUAUUUAAAGACCAAUUUUAUGGCAUAAAAUUUUGAGUUUGAACAUUACAUGUGGUAUAGUUGUGGAAAAGUGCAAGAGUUUGGCACUAGGCUCAGCUUAGGUUUUGGUUUUCCUGUCAACAGACAAUAAAUACAAAUGUUGUUUAACUUAUCUGAGAAUCUUUUAUUAUUAUGUUGUUUUUAUAUUGGAAAAGUGUGAUCUUUAGGGACUAGGCUAAGCCUACCAAAUUCUUUGAAUUUUCUGACAACAAAAGGCAACAAAAUAGCAUUUCUUUCCACAGACAUCAACAAACUUUUAUUUUUGCAUAAUAAAGACCAUAAAUAUAA